UUGCCCGACCAGGAGGAGUUAUCGUUCCCCGCAUAAGACCGGGUGAACUCCUGCGUCCUCCCUCGUCUUCUAGCCCGUCAUAUGUUUGAGCUUCUUUGAGUUUCUGCUUAAACCACGCAUGUCUAUCAGGAAUUAUUAUUGCAUGCCAGCUGAACUAUAGGCUACACUGUCUGUUUUGUAUCCCUCGUAGUUUACUUGAAUUUAAGGUCAACCCAUUAGCCAGUGACCCCGCUGUUGUGCAUGUUCCGCUGUUCAAACAGCUAAAUUCAGUCUAAAGAUAAAGGAGCCGGUCAAUUUGAGCCGAGUCUCCGGCUGUCGGUGUCCUGAGCUGACUGAGUCAUAAACCCAUGGCACUGUUGGGAGUGAAAGUCAUCGAGUUGGCAGGUCUGGCCCCUGCACCGUUCUGUGGCAUGAUCCUGGCAGACUUUGGAGCCAAGGUGAUCCGUGUGGACCGCACCAAGGUUUUCUCAACUCUGGACACUCAAGCUCGCGGGAAACGGUCCGUUGCCCUCAACCUGAAAAUGCCAGAGGGUGUGGCUUUGCUCAGGCGGCUCUGCGUUCAGUCGGAUGUCGUCCUCGAGCCCUAUCGCAAAGGUGUUAUGGAAAAACUGGGCCUUGGUCCAAGUGAAUUACUUUCAGAAAAUCCUCGUCUGAUCUACGCUCGGUUGACGGGAUAUGGCCAGAGUGGGUGUUACGCUUCUGCAGCUGGACAUGACAUCAACUACCUCGCCAUGUCAGGCCUUUUGUCCCAACUGGGUCGGAGUGGAGAGAAGCCCUAUGCACCUUUGAAUCUGGUAGCAGAUUUUGCCGGUGGUGGUCUUACUUGUGCUCUGGGGAUCGUCUUAGCCCUGCUGGAGCGGACAAGGUCAGGGAAAGGACAGAUCAUUGAUGCUAGCAUGGUGGAAGGAGCAGCGUUUACAGGUUCGUUUUUAUGGAAGUCUCGUAGACUUGGUAUCUGGAGUCGCCCCAGGGGAGAAAAUCUUUUGGACAGCGGAGCUCCCUUCUACGACACGUACAAGACUCUGGAUGGAAAAUACCUGGCUGUGGGCGCCAUAGAAACAGAGUUUUACGACCAGCUGCUUAAGGGCUUAGAAUUAGACGCUGGAGAGUUGCCUCCUCAGAUGAGUUUCAGCGAUUGGCCGGAGCUCAAGCAGCUCUUCACAGAGCGCUUCGCCUCAAAGACCCAGGCGGACUGGUUGAUGAUUUUUGACGGAACCGAUGCCUGCGUCACACCUGUGUUGUCUUUUGACCAGGUGAGCUCUCACCCUCACAACCGAGAAAGAGGCUCUUUCAUGAAGGACUCCAGCGGGGAGGAGUUCCCCCGGCCAGCUCCGAUUCUGUCUCGGACUCCCGCUGAGCCCUGUCUCGCUUCCGGCCCAGCAGUAGGAGAACACACGGUCGAGGUCCUGCUGGACUACGGCUACACUUCAGCAGAGAUAGAUGAGAUGUUAGCAGCUGGCGUUGUGCAGUGUAAUACUGGCAAAGCAAAGCUGUAGAAGAAGAUAUCAAUAAACCUUUGAUGAUCAAGCUGAAAAAUAAAAAGGGGAAAUUUUAUUUUAGUAAUUUCAGUGAAGCUGAAAAAUUAAUUAUUGUGUGUAAGAGCCACAAAACAUUAACAAAAGGCAGGGAAAAAUCGUUUUGUGUUUGAGGCUGAAUCUAGGCUGAACUUUCUGAGUAACCUGACAUAAACACUCUUUCUUGUGAAGUGAGUGUGUCUUGACUUAAUGGUGUUAAGGGCCAUGCACUUCUCCCACAGGUUAUCUUUUUAGUUUUUUAGUUCUACAAUUGAAAAUAAAUAUGCUAUUCUACAGCAAUAGCUCACUUUUUAUUGCCUCUCUUGCCUUCUGAGUGAGUCGGUCUAAAAGACAGCCACCAUUGAAAUCACGCCUUCCUGAUGGGUGAUACAUUACCCAGCUCAGGGUCAAAACAUGCCAAAAGAGAUUUGUGGGCCCGGCCUGAAAGACCAUAAAGCGGCAACAACAGAAAUAACUAGAAACUUUUUUUUUCUUUUUUCUUUGGUGUUCUCUCUGAGUUUCUAGGUUUGUCAUCCUAAUGUGUGAUGUCCACCUACUCUGUCUGCAUUGUGCAGUAGGUCUCGGUAUCAGAUCUGUUGCAGAUUUAUUGUCCUCUAAAAACUAAUUUAGAUACAGCAGAUACUGAACUUAUCCACUGAAGUAGGACCAUCGUUACAGUGGACUGACUGUGCUAUAAUGAGUAGAAUGUAUCUGUUUUUUUCUGGAGUUGAAUUGAUUGAUUGGAUUGACUUUAUCAAAUUUUUUGAUCAGUAAUUAUUUUCAUUUAGAGAUGUGUAUUAAUUUUAUUGUCUGCAUCGCUUAUUUUUGCUAAAGUCACCAAUUUGUUUAUACUAAUUGAUUGUUUUUAACUCCUUGGUGAUUCUCAUAGACUUGCUGUCAAUGUUAAACAAAGAUCUCCUUUGUGUUAAUUAGUUUACACCAGAAGUUUAUACUUAUACAAUGGAAAACAUCACAAGUAAAACAAAAAUCUGUCAUUCAAA